UGGUUCACAGGACUCAGCCCAUCCGACCGAGUCACACCAGCCAGGGCUAAAGGCAGACUCCUAAUGGGGGCUGGAGGUGGCAGGUGGAAAGAGGGUGGGUGUGGUGGUAGCGCUUCCAAUAGUAGCCAGCAUGCAUGACCUGAACCUUUUGGCUGAGGCUGUCCCUAGCGUGUAGAGGCUCCGGGGGCUACCGGGGUGGUGCGUAUGUGUGACAAAUUUUGCCUGCGAGGAGGCCAUCCCGAUGGCCUUGAGGCAAAAUUCUCCAAAAGUCCUAAUAGGUAAUAGGACAGGCCAGAUCCCAGCGGGAGUUUGCAAUGGGCAGGCCAGGGUGAGAAAGGCCCAGCAGGGGGCACAAAUGGGCUUCUGGAGGGAAUCCUUCUACCCCGCAGUUCCUCCUCGGACCGCCCAGGUAUUUGGUGGUGAGGGAGUUUAGACUUGCCCAAGGCUUCUCAGCUUGGGGUGGGUCCAGGUCCAGGCCAAGGGAAAAAAGGAAAUGCGCCCUCGCUCGUGUAUUUUUGCAGUCGACUGCGCCCUCCUUCAACAGUGGGGCUAGGUGUGGUAUCACUUCCACUUGCCGGUGAGCAAACAGGCGGGUGUGUGGUGGGGGGUGGCAGGGGUCAGGUUACUUGGCUUAGUGAUGGCGCAAACCCAGCCUCAGCCCCAGUGCUUGCGCUCUUCCCGCAUUGCCGGAGGUGGGGGCCGGAAGGAGGGGGUUGCCUGUUCGGGAGUCCUGGGAGUAGGGUCGGUGGGCAGGACCGGGCGCGGUAGGAGAAACCGGGUGCCCGGGAGCUCAGGUGACUCCUGCACAGGUCAUGCCCUUGUCUCCCGACCCAGCUGGCCCUGCCAGGUGACCAUGCCUGGCCUCGGCCCAGGUCUUCUCCAGGUGCUCUGGGCUGGGUGGGUCCUCACCCUCCAUGCCCCUCCACCGGCUGCUUUCACUCCCAACGGCACACAUCUGCAGCACCUGGCACGGGACCCCACCUCCGGCACCAUCUACCUAGGGGCCACUAACUUCCUGUUCCAGCUGAGCCCGGAUCUACAGCUGGAAGCCACCGUGCCCACUGGCCCUGUGCUAGAUAGCAGGGACUGCCUGCCGCCUGUGGUGCGUGAUGAGUGCCCUCAGGCCCAGCCCACCGACAACCUGAACCAGCUGCUCCUGGUGAGCCCGGGGGCCCUGGUGGUGUGCGGGAGUGUGCACCAGGGGAUCUGUGAGCAGCGGGCACUCGGGCAGCUCCAGCGGCUGCUGCUGAGGCCAGAGCGGCCUGGGGACACCCAGUACGUGGCCGCCAAUGACCCUGAGGUCAGCACUGUGGGACUGGUGGCCCAGGGCUUGGCUGGGGAGCCCCUCCUGUUUGUGGGACGAGGAUACACCAGCAGGGGUGUCGGGGGUGGCAUCCCUCCCAUCACAACCCGGGCCUUGCAGCCACCAGACCCCCAGGCUGUCUUUUCUUAUGAGGAGACGGCCAAGCUGGCAGUGGGCCGCCUCUCUGAGUACAGCCACCACUUUGUAAGCGCCUUUGCACGUGGGGACAGCGCCUACUUCCUGUUCCUGCGGCGGGACCUGCAGGCUCAGUCGCGAGCCUUUCGCGCCUAUGUGUCUCGAGUGUGUCUCCGGGACCAGCACUAUUACUCCUACGUGGAGCUGCCCCUGGCCUGCCAGGGCGGCCGCUAUGGGCUGAUCCAGGCUGCGGCCGUGGCCACGUCCAGGGAGGUGGCCCAGGGGGAGGUGCUCUUUGUAGCCUUCUCCUCAGCCGGUUCCCCCACGGUGGGCCGGCCGCCAUCGGCUGCCACCGGGCUGUCAGGGUCCUCUGCUCUCUGUGCCUUCCACCUGGACGAGGUGGACCACCUCGCCAACCUCACACGCGACGCCUGCUACACUCGGGAGGGCCAUAGCGAGGACGGGGCCGAGGUGGCCUACAUCGAGUACGACGUCAACUCCGACUGUGCGCAGCUGCCCGUGGACACCCUGGAUGCCUAUCCCUGUGGCUCAGACCACACGCCCAGCCCCAUGGCCAGCCGUGUCCCCCUGGAAGCCACGCCAGUUCUCGAGUGGCCAGGGGUUCAGCUGACAGCCGUGGCGGUCACCAUGGAGGAUGGACACACUGUUGCUUUCCUGGGUGACAGUCAAGGGCAGCUGCACAGGGUGUACUUGGGCCCGGGAAGUGAUGGCCAUCCAUACUCCAGCCAGAGCAUCCAGCGGGGGUCUGCAGUGAGCGGAGACCUCGUAUUUGACGGGGCCUUUGAGCACCUGUAUGUCAUGACCCAGAGCACACUUCUCAAGGUUCCUGUGGCUGCCUGUGCUCAGCACCUGGACUGCGCGUCUUGUCUGGCCCACAGGGACCCGUACUGCGGGUGGUGUGUGCUCCUGGGCAGGUGCAGUCGUCGUUCUGAGUGCUCGCGGGGCCAGGGCCCGGAGAGAUGGCUGUGGAGCUUCCAGCCUGAGCUGGGCUGCCUGCAAGUGGCAGCCACGAAUCCUGCCAACAUCAGCCGAGAGGAGAGGAGGGAGGUUUUCCUGUCGGUACCUGACUUGCCACCCCUAUGGCCGGGGGAGUCAUAUUCCUGCCACUUUGGGGAACAUCAGAGUCCUGCCCUGUUGACCAGUUCGGGUGUGACGUGCCCCUCCCCAGACCCUAGUGGGGCCCCAGCGCUGCCGAGAGGAGCUGACCACGUUUCUGUGAGUGUGGAGCUCAGGUUCGGUGCGGUCGUGAUCGCCAGGGCUGCUCUCUCCUUCUACGACUGUGUGGCCGUCAGCGACCUCCACCCAUCUGCACAGUGCCGGGCCUGUGUGAGCAGCCGCUGGGGGUGUAACUGGUGCGUCUGGCAGCACCUGUGCACACACAAGGCCUCGUGCGACGCUGGGCCCGUGGUGGUCAGCCAACAGAGCCUGCUUCUGUCCUCAGCCCCUCCUGCAAUAGAGGCACCCACCCCUUCCCCACCUGCUGCCCCUGAGGCCACGGUCACCCCCACUCCUGACCCCCUUCCCGUGGAGCCCGAGGCUCCCUCCUUAGCCACAGCUUCAGCUGUCCCGCCUGAGGCCAGUCCUUCCCUGCCGUGGGCAGGUCCCAGCCCCACACUUGCCUCCCCCGCCUCGGCCCCCACAGAGUCACCCCUCCAUGAAGAGCCCCUCCCUCCCAGCUCCCCGGAUAGACCUGGAACCACUGACCCUGCUGUCACUGACCUUGAACCUAUGGCCACACCUGAGGACCUCUUGGCCUUCUACCCGUCACCCUCAGAUGCAGUGGCACUGUCCUCUGCCCCCGCAGACCCUGGCCCCGAGACCUCCCCCACUGCGGUACCCCAGGACCAGCCCCCCAGCACCGCUCCUGCCACUACUUUCCCAGGGGCCGCUGGCUCCGCGAAGCCUACCCUGGACUGGCCCACGAAAGAAGGCGGCGAGCUGCCCGAGGCGGACGAGUGGAUAGGGGGUGACACGCCCGCCUUCUCCACUUCCACCCUCCUCUCAGGUGACGGAGACUCGGCCGAGCACGAGGGCCCCCCGGCCCCCCUCAUUCUCCUGUCCGGCCUUGACUACCAGUACGACACCCCCGGGCUCUGGGAGCUGGUGAGGCCCAGCCCGGGAAGGAGGCUUCGGGAGGAAGAGGCAAACCAGGGGGCCAGCUCCUGUCCUUGUGUGGAAAGUGUCGAGGGCUCCAUGCUGAUACCCGUGCAUGUGAAGCGGAACGUGCAGCUGCUGGGCAGGAACCUGCGCCUCUUCCAGGACAGCCCUGGAGACUACGAGUGUGUGAUGGAGCUGGAGGGCCGAGAGGUGGCGGUGGCAGCCCAGGUCCAGUGUGAGCCUCCUCCAGACACGCGGUGCCGUGUUACGUGCCAGCAGCUGCAGCUCAGCUACGACACUGCACAGCCAGAGCUUCACGUGGGGCUGUUCUUGCGCCGGGCUGGCCGCCUGCGUGUGGACAGCGCUGAUGGGCUGCAUGUGGUGCUCUAUGACUGUUCCAUGGGACACGGGGACUGCAGCCACUGCCAGACCGCCAUGCCCCAGUACGGCUGCGUGUGGUGCCAGGGAGAGCGUUCGCACUGCGUGGCCCGGGAAGCCUGUGGUGGCGCUGAGGCUGUGGCCACCCAGUGCCCUGCCCCCCUCAUCCACUCGGUGGAGCCGCUGACCGGGCCGGUGGACGGAGGCACCCGCGUCACCAUCAGGGGCUCCAACCUGGGCCAGCACGUGCAGGAUGUGCAGGACACAGUCCGGGUGGCCGGAGUGCCCUGCGCGGUGGAUGCUCAGGAGUACGAGGUCUCCAGCAGUCUUGUGUGCGUCACCGAGGCCAGCGGGAAGGAGGUGGCGGGUGCUGUGACCGUGGAGGUGCCAGGAAGAGGACGUGGCAUCUCAGAGCUCAACUUCGCCUACCAGGACCCGAAGGUGCAUUCCAUCUUCCCGGUGCGAGGCCCCAGAGCCGGGGGCACCCGCCUCACCCUGCAUGGCUCCAAGCUCCUGACUGGGCGGCUGGAGGACAUCCGAGUGGUAGUCGGACACCAGCCUUGUCACCUACUUCCGGGGCAGCAGGCGGAGCAGCUGCAGUGUGAGACCGGCCCACACCCCACGCCGGCCGCACUCCCCGUGGCUGUGUGGUUUGGGGCCACCGAGCGGAAGCUUCAGCACAGCCAGUUCGAGUACACGUCAGACCCCAAUGUCACCUCUGUCGGCCCCACCAAGAGCUUCUUCAGUGGGGGACGCGAGAUUCGGGUCCGUGGCCAGAAUUUGGACGUGGUGCAGACACCAAGGAUCCGAGUGACUGUGGCACCAAGAGCACUGCGGCCGGGCCAGGGGCCUGGGCAGAGGCACCACAUGAUCCCGGCGACCGCAUGCUCCCCCGGAGCCUCCUGCACCGGUCAUCAUUUCGAGGAGCUCUGCCACGUGAAUUCCUCCCAGCUCAUCACCUGCUGCACACCUGCCCUCCCGGGCCUGCCUGAGGAAGCCCGGGUCCAAGUGGAGUUUAUCCUCGACAGCCUGGUCUUUGACUUUGCCACGCUGAACCCUACACCCUUCUCCUAUGAGGCUGACCCCACUCUGCAGCCCCUCAACCCCGAGGACCCCACCACGCCAUUCCGGCACAAGCCUGGGAGUGUGCUGUCCGUGGAGGGGGAGAAUCUGGACCUUGCAAUGUCCAAGGAGGAGGUUGUGGCCAUGAUAGGGACCGGUCCCUGUGUGGUGAAGACACUGACCCGGCACCACCUGUACUGCGAGCCCCCAACGGAGCAGCCCCUGCCCCUCCGGGAUGCACCUGAGGCGCUGCCUGAGUUCACGGUGCAGAUGGGGAACCUGCGCUUUUCCCUGGGUCAUGUGCAAUACGAUGGCGAGAGCCCCGUGGCUUUCCCCCUGGCAGCCCAGGCCGGCUUGGGGGUGGGCGUCUCUCUUCUGGCUGUGGGAGUGGUCAUCAUCGUCUUCAUAUACAGGAGGAAGAGCAAGCAGGCCCUGCGGGACUACAAGAAGGUCCAGAUCCAGCUGGAGAACCUGGAGAGCAGUGUGCGGGACCGCUGCAAGAAGGAGUUCACGGAUCUCAUGACCGAGAUGACGGAUCUCACCAGUGACCUUCUGGGCAGCGGCAUCCCCUUCCUUGACUAUAAGGUGUAUGCCGAGAGGGUCUUCUUCCCCGGGCACCAGGAGUCACCCUUGCACCGGGACUUGGGUGUGCCCGAGAGCAGGCGGCCGACUGUGGAACAAGGCCUGGGGCAGCUCUCCAAUCUGCUCAACAGCAAGCUCUUCCUCACCAAGUUCAUCCACACCCUGGAGAGCCAGCGCACCUUCUCGGCUCGGGACCGCGCCUACGUGGCCUCUCUGCUCACCGUGGCACUGCACGGGAAGCUCGAGUACUUCACAGACAUCCUCCGCACCCUGCUCAGUGACCUGGUGGCCCAGUAUGUGGCCAAGAACCCCAAGCUGAUGCUGCGCAGGACAGAGACUGUGGUGGAGAAGCUGCUCUCCAACUGGAUGUCCAUCUGCCUCUACACUUUCGUCAGGGACGCGGUAGGGGAGCCUCUGUACAUGCUCUUCCGUGGAAUUAAGCAUCAAGUUGAUAAGGGGCCAGUCGACAGCGUGACUGGUAAAGCCAAAUACACCCUGAAUGACAACCGCCUUCUCAGAGAGGACGUGGAGUACCGUCCCCUGACCUUGAAUGCACUGUUGGCUGUGGGGCCGGCGGCGGGAGAGGCCCAGGGGGUGCCUGUGAAGGUCCUGGACUGCGACACCAUCUCCCAGGCCAAGGAGAAGAUGCUGGACCAGCUUUAUAAAGGGAUGCCUCUCACCCAGCGGCCGGACCCCCGCACCUUGGAUGUCGAGUGGCGGUCUGGGGUGGCCGGACACCUCAUUCUUUCUGAUGAGGAUGUGACUUCUGAGGUCCAGGGUCUGUGGCGGCGGCUGAACACCCUGCAGCAUUACAAGGUCCCAGAUGGAGCUACUGUGGCCCUGGUCCCCUGCCUCACCAAGCACGUUCUUCGGGAAAACCAGGAUUAUGUCCCCGGAGAAAGGACCCCAAUGCUGGAGGAUGUGGAUGAGGGGGGCAUCCGGCCCUGGCACCUGGUGAAGCCGAGCGAGGAGCCGGAGCCGCCCCGGCCGAGGAGGGGCAGCCUUCGGGGUGGGGAGCGCGAGCGAGCCAAGGCCAUCCCGGAGAUCUACCUGACCCGCCUGCUGUCCAUGAAGGGCACCCUGCAGAAGUUUGUGGACGACCUGUUCCAGGUGAUCCUCAGCACCAGCCGCCCCGUGCCGCUCGCCAUCAAGUACUUCUUUGACCUGCUGGACGAGCAGGCCCAGCAGCACGGCAUCUCCGACCAGGACACCGUCCACAUCUGGAAGACCAACAGCCUGCCGCUGAGGUUCUGGGUCAAUAUAAUCAAAAACCCGCAGUUUGUGUUCGACGUGCAGACGUCCGAUAACAUGGACGCAGUGCUCCUGGUCAUCGCACAGACCUUCAUGGAUGCCUGCACCCUGGCUGACCACAAGCUGGGCCGGGACUCCCCCAUCAACAAACUUCUAUAUGCUCGGGAUAUCCCCCGUUACAAACGGAUGGUGGAAAGGUACUACGCAGACAUCAGACAGACCAUCCCGGCCAGCGACCAAGAGAUGAACUCCAUCCUGGCCGAGCUGUCCCGGAACUACUCUGGAGACCUAGGGGCGCGAGUGGCCCUGCACGAACUCUACAAGUACAUCAACAAAUACUACGACCAGAUCAUCACUGCUCUGGAGGAGGACGGCACCGCCCAGAAGAUGCAGCUGGGCUACCGGCUGCAGCAGAUCGCCGCAGCCGUGGAGAACAAGGUCACCGACCUGUAGGGCCCAGCCAGCCCUGCUGCUGCGCAGCCCGCCCGGCGGCCCUGGAACCUCGAGGGAGAAACCACCUUCUUAGAUGCCUGUAGUGCCUGAGGAGCCGGGUCAGUGGAAGGUGGCCUGGGUCUCCUGGUGGCGCUGGCCUGGGCCCCGAGGCCGAUGGGGUGCUGGCCCGGCCCGCCUGCUCCCUGAGCCCAGCAACCCUGUGGGCUGUGUGACGUCAGUCAGCGGGGAGUUGGGUAUGAAGCCCCCCCAACCCCUGGGGAGACUGGACUUCCCAAACACUGCUCUUAACUCCACUGGGGUUCAGAGAGGAAGGAGGGGGCGUGGGCUGUCUGCCCUCCUGCCCCCCACCCGCCAUCCGUUCUGAUCCCGGCAUAACUGCCUCCAGCCUUUGCUGCUGCCACGGUCCCAGGUCCGAGAGAUGAACACCUUUCCUAGGCCACUGCGAACUGACCCCUCAGAAGGGUUGACCGCCUUAGGGCCACCCUGCCUCCAAGGCAGCCAGUGGUGAGGGGCACCUGUUUUGGGGGGGCGUUGGGGAGAACAGUGGCCACACUGACCCAGCUCUUCAUUAAAGGAUAACACACUG